AUGUCUGCCUUCCACUACCCCCCAUCGCCGCCUUUGCCUCCGACUCCGCCCAGAACCCCUCCUUCUUUCAAUAGUCCACAAGAGGAUGUGGACAUGGGCAUGAGGUCGCCAUCCCCACUGCCCUCAAGGUCCCUCACUGUCCCCCAGACGUCAGGUGAAGGCGUCCUGACGCCACCAAUCACUCCGGUGAAGACACAACAUUCCAUAAAUACAACCCCCUCAACAAUCAUCAACUGCCCUAUUUCAAAGGCCAGCUUCUUGCUUGCCCAGGCUUCUUUGGCGACUGAGCUAUCCGGAGCCUCAUCAAUGACUGAGUUCAAUAUCCGGAGCCAAGGCUCACUCCCAGCCGGGACACGAACACUCCGGUUCGGCCCUGGCCUUGAUGGAUGCUUCAACCGCACCAGAGGGUUUCUGGGAGGUCAAGAAUCAACUCAAAGCCGCACCGCUAGUAGCGGGACCUCCUCCAGAAGCUCAGGCCAACGCCUACCAGUGUCCCUGGAGCCAUGGGAGGCGGUUCAUGGAAAUCUGCCCCUGCUACUCCGAGCGGGACGAGUGCGUCAAGCUGUCGACGCCCUGGGCAAUCGCGCGGAAGGAGUCACAGAUGCAUGGGAUGACUUGGAACCAUGUCAUCUGGCUCGAGCAGCGCUAGUACUGAGCGCCCUGGCCCACGCGUACAUGUUUGGUGAGGAGCAAGGCAAGGGCAAAGACGGACAGUCUCUGGUCCCGCGCCAUAUCCUUGCUACGUGGGAGAGGGUUUGCGAGCGAUUGGGUAGAAGCAUGACUGGUCGGGUACCCGCUGAUGAUGUUCUCAACAACGCUGUUGGUAAUAGCUCCUUCAGUCUGAGGAGUACCUACUUUGGCCUGUCGGAGGAGCGACUCUCUUCGGGGCUUCAGGGCACGAUGGAGGCCGUCUUUGCACCCGCGCUAUCCUCGAUGGCGCUCGCGCAGAAUAACGUGCUGGCCGACCAGCCCGACCAAGUCGCGCGUUGUCUAGAGAGCGUGGCGGCACGUAUUGUAAAGUGCGCCCACGUCUUCGACGCCAUGACGCCACGCGAUACUGCCAAUUUUGACCCUGUCAUCUGGAUAAAAACCUAUCCCGCCAUGGGUCGGGCGGUGACUUCCGGAGAGCUGGGAAACAGUGGCGUUGAUGCACCGCUAUUCCAUGCGCUGGACGUCUUCAUCGGCCGCCAACAGGUCAAGGGUGAUUUGAGAGGGAUGCAGAGCGACCGGCGGGCCACGCUGCCGGCCAAUAUUCGCGCCUUCUUGGAUGCUCUUGGGGACGACGCCGGAAGCGUCAGAGACUACGUCACCGCUGCCCGAGCUCAGCUAAAUCAUGUUCCCCUCGAAGAGCAGGCGCAGUACAAACAUCUCUCCGCGGCCUGGGAUGGUCUUUUGCAAUUGUACGUCUGGUUCCUCGAGCGGCACCGCGUCAAGGCUGUCGGCAUCACGGGCGUGACCCUGAAUACAGGGCGACACUCGACAAGCAGCGGCGUCAAGAGUGGCGACCAAGUCAAAGCCAUGGAGGAUGGAAAACCAAAGUUGCGCCCCGAGGCCAUGCUUAGCAUGCAAAUGAAGAAGGGCAUGGUGUCACGGCUGGGCGGUCGCCCGCUAUGGCAGGACGCGUAUGUGCAGUCGCACAGCGUCUACCAGGGAAGCGUGGUGGUGGCCGUCAAGUUGGAUGCAAGUUUGCCGCUUGAGCCAGGUGAUCGAGUUCAAGUCUGGCCGCCGACAAAGAGAAAGACGCUGAACAGAGCAUCCUCACACCAUCGACGGUUGCGUGGCUCUCCUUGCUCGGAAGAUCAUGAUACGUCCUCAGGCGAGAGUGAUGAUGAUGGCGAGCCGAGGUUCUACUCAAUCGCCCGCGUCAUUCCUAACGUGUCUGAUACGGCGGUAGACUCCGUCGGAGGAGGAGGCAUGACCAUUGUGCUGACAGUCGCUCAACACUCGCCCGAGGGACUGGUAUCCUCGUUCCUCGGCAGCGCUGCGCCGGGCACGCAUCUGCGCCUUCGGCCGUGGCCUUCUCCCCGAUUCCGUCAGCCCCGCGACCUAGCCGUGCCGCUGGUUCUUGUUGGUCAGGGUGUGGGUAUUGGUCCCUUGGUUGGGUUUCUGCACGACCGCGCGGCAAUGAAACAGCGUCUCGAUGAUAGCCAAAACAAAAGCGCCGGACAGGGAGAGCUGCUCCUUGUGGUGGCUGCAAAAACACUUCGCCACGUCCCGUGUUCACUCGAGAGCCUGGAGCAACUUACGAGGACGUUGCCACUGACCAUAGUCUUGGCUCUCAGUCAGGAGACUCAUCUGAGAAUCCGCGGGGGAAUCUGGACUAAGCUCCCCCAGGAGGGGCGACGUGUGACGCGCCAUUUGACAGACUAUCGAGACUUUAUCCGGCGGCUUGUGAAGGAGAAGAGUGGUCAUGUCUUUGUCUGCGGCAGCUCUGACUUCGGGGUUACGGUGAUGAGUGCUCUUGGACUGGGUCAGUCGCCACAGCAGCAGCAGCAGCAUCAAGAACGCCUCCAACCACAAAACGCAAAUGACGAGCCCGACGAUGGCAGCCACGUCCAAAUUCCCUCGCCUCCCGCGCAUUGGAAUCAGUUGCACCAAGACCUCUUCACCAUGGUCAAAAAACCAAACCGCUCAACGCCGUCCUGCUCACCCACCGCUUGCCGCUCGUCCUCGUCAAGUGGUCCCAAAGGCCCCAUCAUUAGCCUCUCAAAACUUGCAGCCCAUAACUCUGUCAAAUCAUGCUGGGUCGCUAUCGGAGGAACAGUAUACGACAUGACGCCCUUCCUGGCCUUUCAUCCUGGCGGCCCCAAAACGCUCCUUGAGUCCGCAGGCACCAUUGCAGACGAACGAUUUGCUGAAACACACGGAGGCCCUCAUGCCCAGGAAAUCAGGGGCUAUCUCGAGAGGCACGCCAUUGGGCGUCUGUCUACAACUACCACGGAACCUAGGAGGCAAAUGACCACGGCAAAACUCAUCAAAGCCCUGGUGAGAAUGCAAAACGCGCUUACGAACAACACUGCGUUUGAUGCAGGCCGUGGAUCAGUGCCCCUAUACGCGUACGAGGAUUCCUUGCUCGUGUUCGCCGACGGCCUAGACGGCAUGAUAUGUAGUUUGUCAGACUUCGGCACUGACAAGAAUACCUCGGAGUUGCGAGAAAAUAUUUCAAACACCCAGGCGUCACUCAGAAACGCUUUCAAGGCUCUGAAAGAUGGGUCCAAGCGUUUUCUAAUGGCUGCUGGCACGAAAGGCUCCUCCGCCUCAUCCUCAACCCUGCUGGACGAGAGCGAGGUAUUGAUCCAAAGACUGCACAGGAAGCCCAUCGAGAAGUUACAUGCGGCUAUUGAUGCUUGCAAGAAGGGUAUCAGCGAGGCUGAGCUUGGGAUGAAGUCCGACAGCAGUACUAAG